AUGACCCAAUUCUGUAGUGCAAUCACCAUAUUUUCUGAUUUUCCAGGGCAGAAACACACUGAAAUUAAUCAAAAUUGUUGGGAGAAAACAAAUUUGAAAAACCUUAACUAUGUAAUUAAAAUAUCAUUUUUUUUUCCGAGAAGUGAAGCCCGAAUUGAAGGUCAACAAUUUUUUCUCAAUCUUUCCGAUUGGUGGGUUAAAUGGAAUGUAAAACUAAUCAUUCUACGAUCCCUUUUUUGCAUCCCCUCGAAUUCGCAAAAGUCAAAUUAUUGGACAAAAGACAAUUACCGAAGAAAUGCCGUUUAUCAUACAUUUCGUUGUUUUUCUAACUGUGGCAUUCGCCUUUACGAGCCUAAGAAACCAACAUAUCCCAUGACAUUUGGAUCUGUUUUCCAUUUUCGACCCCGCUCAAGGCACUUUGGGCUCCAAGUCAGUAUAUUACUUGUUUGUGGUGAAUUUAUGCCAGUUAAAUAA